UCAAGGAUUAAAUCAGUUCGGACUCGGGCUGGGAGGCAUUAGACCGCACUGGUCAAACAGCAGGAACAUUAUUAACGCUGCUACCUUUAAUGCGUCUCAGAGACUUUAAAAACCUGCAGAUAUCCUGCAGGUGUCAGCGGUGCGUAAAAGUGUAGCCCGACAAGUCGUGCGUAAAAGUUUCCCCUUUCCUUCGGAGACCAUGCGCAGCUUCUCGGAGCCACGCGCCUUUCCCGCGCGAGGCGGAGAUGCAGCCUGUCUCGGAACUAUCUUGGCCUCAUCCGAUCCCGGUUCUGAUGCCAUCGCGGACCCGGUGAGCCACUCGGCGUCCCCGGAGCAGUCUCCGGUUCUGUACAGGCUUCCUGACACUCUGCAGAAAGAAGAAACGACAGAGGAUGAGCCCAAACUUUAUCUGGAGGCCAGCGACCUUUGGACACAGUUCCACAAAUGCGGCACUGAAAUGGUCAUUACAAAAUCUGGGAGGCGCAUGUUCCCGCCGCUCAGGGCCCGCUGCACCGGGAUGGACACAGAAGCCAAGUAUAUUUUUCUGAUGGACAUCGUGACGGCUGAUGACUGCAGAUAUAAGUUCCACAACUCCCGCUGGAUGGUGGUGGGGAAGGCGGACCCGGAGAUGCCCAGACGCAUGUACAUCCACCCGGACAGCCCGGCCCCGGGCGGGCACUGGAUGUCCAGAGUGGUCAACUUCCACAAACUCAAGCUGACAAACAACAUCUCCGACAAGCAUGGAUUCACCAUUCUGAACUCGAUGCACCGAUACCAGCCCCGGUUCCACAUCGUGCAGGCCAGCGAUGUGCUGAGCCUCCCGUACAGCACCUUCAGGACCUAUGCAUUCUGGGAGACGCAGUUCAUCGCAGUCACAGCCUACCAGAACCACGAGAUAACACAGCUGAAAAUAGACAACAAUCCUUUUGCGAAGGGAUUCAGAGACACGGGCAACGGAAGAAGAGAAAAGAGGAAACUAGAACAGUCAUCACAAAAGUCUAAAGAGAUGCGGCUGACUGACAUGAAAUCUGAACCUGUAAAAGAAUCAUCUGCACAAUAUUCAGACAAUUCCAAAUCUUCAGGUGUUCAUGGAAGCGACAGUGACAAUGCUGACAAUGUCGAGGACGAUCCUUGGCACGAGUUGUGCGGAAGCAGCACUAAGCCGAAGGUUUCCCUAGCAGAGAGGACAGGGAGAGAUUGGGGCCCCAGACAAAGCCCUGUCCUCACAAGUUCCCCUGGUGGAGCGGGCUGCUGCGAGCCUCAGCACUCAGAGACACAGCCAAUGGGCAGGCUGUGCAGAGGAUCAGUCUAUCCACCGGACUGUAACCCAAAUCUGUGGGAUCCCAGUAUCCCCAGCAGUCUUCUCCACUCGGCUCAGGUUAACACCUGGACCAGCGGGGCCACUGCGGUAACAGGAAGUGGACAGAGCCUGGCAGCAGCGGGCAGGACUCCAGGACCUCCAGGGAUCCCGGUGCAGGAGCUGGUGAGCCUCUCACACUUUGGAGGCUUCCUGUUUUAUCCCUACUCCAGCUUCUCUGCAGCACCAGUCCACUACCUCCUCCCACCUGUGCGGUCCCGAAUGGAUUUCCGUGCCCAUCCGAGCGUCCUCAGCCGGGACUACGUCCCCCCUCCCAUCAUGGCUUCAUCUGCUCCUGCUUUGGGGGGUGCUGGACUGAGAUAUCAUGCACUUGAUUGGCUAAUGCUACCCAAAACAGAGCAGAAGGAUUCUGUGGACAAAGAAGUUGAGUUUAAAAAAUGAAAUUGAAAAUGAAAUUGAUGUCAGUCAAGACGAGUCACAGACAGGGUGAAAAUAUGAACCAUGUCUGAACUCUAAGUAAAUCAGACAAAUA